ACUGGGAAAGAGACCUCCCCUUCUACUUUUCAUCUGAACUGGGCUGUCACAAGGUCGCCCCCUGCUCUGCUGUGCCACUCAGUGCAAGAGAUCCCCUACCACUCCUACUACUCAACGCAGCCUUUAAAAAGACACACCAGGCAGUUACACAGACAGCAGAACUGGUUCUUCCUCUCACACUCACACACUGACACUUACUCGAUUGAGCAAACGGCUGGAAAGGAGAAAGAACAACAAGCUCAUGACAGACAGCUGGUAUAGCAGCGCUCUCUUGGCUAGAGGAAGAAAAUAAAACAGAACUUUCAUUGUUCCUGGGAAAAAAAAAUCAGACCACGUUCUAAUUAAUCACAGAAGGACAUUCAAAACGAGCAAAAUCUCCUGCUGUGGAAUAUUUUCUAACAGGCGCCUCAUCCAACUCUCUAUCCUGCACUUAUUGACUUCUCCUGUUAGGCUGGUGACAUCCCUACGGGAUCUGAAUAGCCCAUUCAUAUACCCUCCUCGCUCAUUCAACCUCCGUGACUCUGUGCCAUGGUACUGACUGAAGAUCACGAGUGCGGCGUGUGCUAUGAGCGCUACUCCAGGAGCAAGCACGUUCCCAGAGUGCUCUUCUGCAACCACACGUUUUGCUGCCCCUGCUUGGAGACCUUGGCCACACAGCAGGGUGGCAUGCUGAGCAUCAGGUGCCCGCUAUGCCGCCAAGUGUCCUGUGUGCGCCAGGGUCUCACGCUGGAGGAGGCGCUGUGGGUCAACAACCAGCUAUGGGAACACAUAGGAGAGGUCGACGAGCUGAAAGUGAAGUGGGAUUUAAAAGAAGAAGAAGAACAUGAAGAACAAGGCAAGAGGAGUGCCGUCGCAAAAGCAGCAUCUCCGGAACAACCGCAAUGGCCAAGACCAUCGUGCCAUCACAUCCCAUCACUCAGACUACGACUUCCAGGGUUCCUGAGGAGAAUGAUAGACCCUAGGCAGGAAAGGAUAAUCCCUGGAUCCAAUGUGCAAAUCAAAUCUUGGCGAAGACUGUCAGGGGAGGAAUUGCCCUGAACUAGGUUACUCCAGUCCGACCCUAACCAGUCUGCAUGAUAACCUCUCACUCUUGUUUAGCCAUUGUCAUUGAAGACAUCGUGCCACAGACAUAGACAGUAGCCCUGGAUCAGGAGCCUCAGCAUACGGAACUGAGCAGGAGUGAAAAACUGCGUCUGACUGUUUUUCUUGAACUGUGAUUUCCGCAUGAACGGUUUGACCAGUUUAUCCGUGGGGAUCUUCUCAUUAUUCAUUCCAUCCGUAAUCCUCUACAGCUGCCAUGAUAGGAUCUGUUUCAGCUGUUCCAACACAAAGAAAAAAAGUGAGAGUCCCAGAUUGCAAUAUGAGGCAGAACAGAUGGCCUCCUGAGACAGACCCCCUUCCGGACACCCCGACAACUCCACAUAAACCCUUUAACUUAUUAUUUCUUUUUUCUAUUUAUGUAUUUUUUCUUUUUAUUAUUAUUUCAAUAAAAAAAAUCUUUUUAGUAAA